AUGCCCGUCCCACUGCUCCCGUUACUUCUGCGAGCGCUGGUGGGCCGCCUGCUUCUGCCUGCCGCCCGCCUGGCCCGCCGGCACCUCCUGCCCCUGCUGCGCCGACUGGCCCGCCGCCUAGGCUCACAGGAUGUUCGAGAGGCUUUGCUGGGCUGUGUGUUGUUCGUCCUCAGCCAGAGACACCCGCCCGACGCUGAGGAGGCCUCCAGAGCGGCUGGCCAGGAGAGGAGGGAGAGGCUAGCCCCCCCCCAAAUGAGGCCGCGGUCCCUGAUAUUGGCUGUGUCAUCGAAAGCCUUUCUUCUGGACUAG